GUGAACAACUCGUUUGCAGCCACAAUCGAUCGCGGUGGAAAACUCGGAGAUAUGUUCACCGCCGAUAAAUCACGAGCAUUGUGUAGCGAUAAGCAUUUGAACUCGAUACGGCAGUUUCGGCAUUAUCUUUCAGCGAGUGUGAUUAUCGUGGCAGUGAUUUUGUUAGCAUAUGCAUCGUUGAUAAUUGGUGUUGUGAAGAAAACUUAUAUACUGGUUAUACCCUACUUCACCAUUUGUAUUCUGUUUGUAUUUAUGUUCUCAAUGAAACUCAUUGUUGAUAUUCUGGAUUUGAUCAGCGAAACGAAGCAGCAGAACUCUUCGCAUCUUGUCGAAGUGGUUGCAGAGUCACUUUUAAUAUCAUUCGAAAUUUAUUCGAUGGUUGUUGUUUGGCGUAUUCUCAAUUAUAUAAUGGACUAUCAAAUGCAGGAGGAGUUCUUCUUUGCUUUACGGCCCAAUCGCACCGUACGGCAUGCAACUGUAAUCGAAAGCGGAGAUAAUGAGAGUGGUGACAGUGACGUGGAUGAUGUAGAGCACAACAUGAGGCAUGCUUUCGUGCUAUGGAAAAGCGAUGAGCGCACCACUGUUGAGCCCAGAACAACCGUCACAACAAUUUGCGACGAUGACGAUGACGAUACCGAUUUCUCAUCUGUUUAA